CAUUUAAAAAAUCCCUUUCAAGAUGGUGGAUGUGGGUGGCCAGCGGUCUCAGCGCCAGAAGUGGUUCCAGUGCUCUGAUGGGAUCACCUUGAUCCUGUUCAUGGUCUCGUCCAGUGAGUACGACCAGGUCCUCAUGGAGGACAGGCGCACCAGCCGCCUGGUGGAGUCCAUGAACAUCUUUGAGACCAUCGUUAACAACAAGCUCUUCUUCAACGUCUCCAUCAUCCUGCUCCUCGACAAGAUGGACCUCCUGGUGGCGAAAAUGAAGACCAUCAGCAUCAAGAAGCACUUCCCAGAGCUUCCCUGGUGGCGCAGUGGUUAAGAAUCCGUCUGCCAAUGCAGGGGACACGGGUUCGAGCCCUGGUCCGGGAAGAUUCCACAUGCGGCGGAGCAACUAAGCCCGAGUGCCACAACGUGAGCCUACACUCUAUAGCCCGGGAGCCACAACUGCUGAGCCCGCGUG